UCAAAAUUUAAGUAAAUUUAAAAUAUUUUGGGCAGGAUAAAUUCUAUAAGUCGUUAUAAUGGCUUUGAACAAACAAAGAAUUUUGAGUGAAUUAGGAAGUGUUGUGAACCAGCUGCAAAGCGCAGAAUGUGGCUGUAUGGGCAAAUUGUUUUCUGACCCUGGCCAGGGAUCAUCAAUGACACCAUGCGGAGGAGGUGGAUGUCGAAUGGGAGGUUGCUGUCAUGGACAUGGUUCACCUUGCGCCGGUGAAGGAUAUUCCUCGAUGAACAAUCAUAAUCAAUGCAUGAAUAAACCCUGUAUGGGAAUAGGUAAAUGUAAUCCACCAAAGCUCUAUGCAGAUACCUACAAUUAUUUAAACAAAAACUUAAUGCAACCAAUCGUAAACGAAGUAUAUAAUGACUUGAAAUCAAUUUCCCCAGCGAACACAGUCAUGAAUAAUCCUAUGGCAGCUCAAAUGGGACUUUCUCCAAUGAACCAAGCAAUGACAGGACAGGGAAAUGUGCCUGGUAUGACUCCUGGCAAUCUGAAUGAGGCCGGGGGGACGAGUGGAAUGCCUCCUGUUCAUAACAUGGCUAUGAGUAACUCAAACGCAUCGCAACCAGGCCAGCAGAAUCAAUAUAUGGGCCAGAUGGGACAAUCAAUGGGACAAAUGAAUCAGAUGAAUCAACCAUCAAAUCAAAUGGGUGGAAUGGGAUCUCAAAUCAUGAAAAUGAUGAUGGGCGACAAACCAUCAACGCCCGAUAGUGUGCCUCCAACGCAAAAUGGUCAGCUAAAUGAUUCCAUGUUGAUUAAUGCUCCACAGUCACCGCAUGGUCAAGUAGGGGUUGUACCCUUAGAACCUGUUACUUAUGGUACUAGCGGAAGAAUGCCAAGCACCAAUUACGGACAAGAUAAUGUCGGUUAUUAUUCUCAAAAUCCUACGACACAGUACAUGUCUAAUGGAUAUUCAGGAAAUGCAAUGAAUACUAUGCCACAAAAUAAUGUCCCACAAUAUAACAUGACUUCUAACACUAGUGGUAUGGGCCAGAAUGUACAGGCAAAUACACAACCAAUGGCAACUAAUAGAUCAUACGGUCAUCAUGCUCAGGGUAUAAAGAAAUUCAACGAAAUGUUUCCCGGAGUCAUGCAAGGUGACUUAGGAUUUGACCCCAUGGCAAUAGCAAUACAAAUGAAUCCUGCCAAUCAACAAAAAGCAGCAAUGACGGCAAUGGAACAAUUGAUGCAUGGAAAGAAAGUUAUCGAUCCCAAUAGUAGUGUUAUGCAACCCGCAAUCAAUGCGGCUAAUUUAGUGAACACAGGUUUUACUCAAUCUGGUAACGCACCAUCUCAAGGAGCUCCAAUGGUUCAAACCAAUCAGCAACUGCCUUAUCAGAACCAAUUGCAGCCUGUCCAGUAUCAACAACCAAUGCAACAGCAACAACUUAUGCCACAGCAACAAUCUAUGCAACAACAUCAGCCUGUGCCACAGCAACAAUCUAUGCAACAACAACAGCCUGUGCCACAGCAACAAUCUUUGCAACAACAACAGCCUGUGCCUCAGCAACAAUCUAUGCAACAACAACAACUUGUGCCGCAGCAACAAUUUGCGUCACAGCAGCAAGUCGUGCCGCAGCAACAACCUGGGCUAAAUCAAACGCCAGGACAAUAUCAAAUACCUAUUCAACCACAAUCUCCCUUACAACAACAAGUUGAUAAUACAAAUACUUAUCAAGUACCGCCACAGCAGGUGUAUACUGCUGCAACUGGUUCCGCAAUGCAUUACCAACCAGAUCUUAGUAGAACAACAUACCAGUACCAACAGCAGCCACAACAACAAAUGCCGCAGCAGCUUAUCGACCCUAAUACGGGAGCUAUUACAAACACUCCUAAUCUUCCUGGUGGCUAUGAACAAAUGGCAAACCCUAAUGCUGAAAUGCAGAAUGCAACACCUAAAGCUGAUCCCAAUCAAAUGAUUAUGGAGCCCAUAUUUCCAGCUGACACUGCAAAAAAUAAUGCAAUCACUUAUUCUCAUCACAUUAAGAAUCCAAAAAAUUACUAUUACAACACUCUAGGUCAGCCUGUACAAAUGCUCGAUGCCAAAAUGUACCACGCUCCUCCGCCGUCCGGACCGCAAACACUAUCUCCACAACCAAUACCUGCAAAACAAGCGACAAGAAACCAACCUCAGACAUUCAGCAACGUUAAAAAUACUGUUAGUAAGACAUCGAUAAUGGGCAAUGAUAAAUUGGGCCGAACGCCAAGCCGUAAUCAAUUACAACACCUGUACAAUCAAUAUAAAGGGUCCCAGUCGUUUACUCAACAGAAUAUCAACGCUCCUUUACAUCAUCACACUCAUUCUGAGGGAAAAUUGAAUGAAACUUUGAAUACAUCGGCGCCGCGUCAUGUGCCCGUUGAGAGAGUUGGAGGAGAUACUAUAGCAAAUAAUGUUGUUAAUAAUCAAAUGGUUAACAAAUUAGAACCAUCUUCAGCUCCCAUGGGAGAUGUUGGGGAUGUUAAUAAACCGCAAGGUGAUGGUGCCGCCGCAAAGGAUAUUCCACUUAAAACUACGAAGGGUAGGAAUGGUUUACAAGACAUGGUGUUUACUUCUGGUCCCAUGUCAGCUGCCUGGACCUUCCAUGGCAAUAACCACAUGCCAUACUCAGCCGGGUAUAAAUUUAGAUCAAAAGUCCGUUGAUUGCAUGUACGAACUUUUACCUGCCUAUAUGUUUAAAGUGGUGUCAAUGUUCAAUGUUUUGUGGUUUAUAAUUUGAAAUCGUGGUGUUUGAGUGGUUUGUGUAUUUUAAUACUAAAAAUAUUAAUAAAGCGUAUUAUUGGUAACGAAUA